CAGAUGCGAGAUGUUGUCCACAGCAACACAUUCUCAACCAGCUUUGGCAAAAGUUCUGCUCGCCAUCAAAAAAGUAAGAAAACCUUGCGAUUAACAUUUCAUGUUUUAUCUUGCUAUAUGUUCAUUGUUUCGUUAGUUAAUAGGGAGUUUAAUUUAAGCAAGCGACGUCUUUGGUCUUUGUGAACACGACGUGUAGUGCUGGAUUAAAAAUUGUGUUUGGGUCAGUUCAGUCAGUUCGCGGUAAUGUUCAACGCAUAUGAUAAAAUAUAAGAUUUUUAAAGUUUUCUGCUUCCUCAGACGAGCGCUAUGAGGCAAAAUUCAUGCCGCAAAAAUUAAUUAUGCCAAUUUUCGGGUGACGUUCGUGUUGACCCAAAGCUCAAGCUUACUAAUUAGCAAUUGCAUUCUUUUCACCAGUAUAUUCACAUUUAAUCUAACCAAACCUUUUUUUUUUCUCAGAUUCCGCAAGUUCACCUAACAAGAGACUCGGUUCAGAUAUAAACCAGAACAUGGUUGAAAAGAAUUCGAGACUACAGGCAGAGAGAAGUAAAUCUGAAAGUGCUGGGUAUGGUGGAUAUAACAACCAGAAUGUGUCUGUCGCUGUGAAAGCGGAAGAAGAUGUUGUAUACGUUACGUCUCCUGCUAUCCAAGGUUAGUAAUAUUGGAAACGUGUUGCUGGCCAAAAGAUGCAUGAAUAAUUCUUUGUGGACCUGCUUGCAUGCAGCAACUUUAACAUCUGGCCAUGGGCUACUAUAGCGAACAUGCGUAGUAGAGACAAUAAUAAAAAACUUGUUGACAUUGUAGUUUUCUCUUAUUUCUGUUCUCUUAUUUCUCUUAUCUUCUUUUCUCUUAUUUCACUAAACACUGCAGGUUUUGUCUUGCAGAUAGUACGGUUCCUUUGUGCAGGAACACUGAAACAAUGUAAGCUUGAGACUUUUGAUCAACUGAAUUGAUAUAGCUGUCUGCAUAAAUAAAGCUGUUACAUGUGUAUGGAGGAUCGUUUGCACUUGCAAAUUUUGCAGCGAUUUUAGGGGCGAUUUUCCUCUUUUGAUCGAUGUGAACGAUUGGAUUAGUUAUGAAUGUUCAGAUGAGGGUACAUAUAUCCCGAACAUUCGUAACUUAUUUACUCGUUCACAAGCAUCAGAAGAAGGGAAUCGCACUAUGAAUCCCAGCAAAAAUUGCAAGCGUAAACGGGCAGAAAUUCUAUAAAAGGUUAUUACAUUUACAAAUACAGUAUUCUUAAUAGGCCUUAUAAGGUUAAGGACGCCAUCUUGAAUCUAUUGUUUUCACCAUUAUAUUUGCACCCCUUGCAAAUUUGCCUAUAGGGAAUUCCAUUGUGGUUGCAUCCCUUGCACUAUUGUAUUUCAUUACGAGUCGUUAACCUUGGAAGGGUCUAUUCGGAAUUUCUGAUAUGCGUCUGUGCAAGAAUCGUACCCUGAAUUAUUGGUUUCCGAGAUUGAGUAUACGAACACCGCGGAAAAAUAUCUGCGUAUGCGUCAACAUUACUGAAAUCUGUAUUGCGAACGUGAUGUCCGAAGUGUUCCGAAUGUUGUCAAAAACUCAAAAUGGUAGCGACUCAACCUCGUACCCAGGGCAUUUUGUUUCCGUCAGGAAAAUGGCUCUGGCAUCGGCCGGUCACAUGACCUGAAAAUCUCCAGUAUUUGAGGUGUUCAAUUAAGAUAAUUUAUGCGUAUCAAUAUAUAUAAACAGUUUUGUUUUUCGUUAUAGAUAAAAGAGUGCUCAAUACUACAAAUUAUUUAGCAGAGCGAAUUAAUUUGUUAUCUUAAAAUGUAUAGCGAGAAAUUGAAACAUUUUAAGAUAACAAAUUAUAUAUAUAUAUAUAUAUAUAUAUAUAUAUAUAUAUAUAUAUAUAUAUAUAUAUAUAUAUUAUUAACUUUACAAUCAAAUGACCGAAGGUAAGGACAACAGGACGUGAGUCCCUAAUUAAGUCCCACCAAAAACGUACAUUACAUAAUUACUUAUAGGUAUUACAAGAAUACAUAUUAUAUACAUAAACAUUAGGACAUACAACAAUUAUAAUUACAUCUAUGAACAACAGAUUGCAUGUAAAGAACGACAUUUACUGCAUACAGUUUUCCAUGUUCUAGGGCGGUCUACAUCAAAAGUACUAUUCAGCUUUCUAAUGUAUAUAUAUAUAUAUAUAUAUAUAUAUAUAUAGUUUAGAUUUAAGUAUGGCGCCUGACGAAGAUGAUUUGAUAUCAGACGGUAAAUUGUUCCAUAAAAAUACAAUUCUAUUAAAGUAUGAGUUUCGGAAGAGGGAGGUUUUGCACAGGUUUGGACGAAAAUCACCAGAACUGGAACGAGUGGAGUGGUAAAGAGGUUGGGUUAUAUACUGAUUGAUGUCAAUUUCGUACAUCCCGUAUUUACAUUUGUAGAGGAAUAUAAUGUCUUUAAUUUCAUGCCAGUAUGAAAGGGGGAUUAGAUUUAGUUUUUCAAGCGACCAACGUAUGACAAAUCAUAGUCCUGAAGAAUGAACUUUGUUGCUCGGCGUUGAAUUCCUUCGAGAUGAAGCAGAUCAGCAGACGCACUUUGAGGAGCCCAGACUUCGCAGCCGAACGAUAAGUGAGAGCGGACCAGAGACAAAUACAGAAGGCGGUGAGCAUCCACGUCAGUGAGGUGGAAACAAUUGCGGCGCAGAAACCCAGGCAUUCUGUUGGCUUUAGAAACGAUAUUGAUGAUGUGUUGGGACCAUUUUAAAUUGUCGCUCACCAGGAUACCAAAAUCACUCUGUGUGGAGGAAGACUUUAUAAGUUGCUGGUUUAGGAAGUAGUCUUGAGGUGGAACAGAGGUUUUCUUUCGUGAAAAUCUGAGGGCAACACACUUCUUCGCAUUGAAAUUUAAGUCCCACGUCUUAGACCAUUGGUGUAGGGAAUUUAGGUCAUUUUGCUGUCAUCAGCAAACAUGGGCGCUGUGCUAUGACUCGCUGCAUUUGGGAGGUCGUUUGCGUAAAUCAAGAACAAAAGUGGGCCGAGUACGCUGUCUUGUGGUACCUCUGAUGUUACAUUAAGAAACGAGGAUGACACACCGUCGACCACUACUCGCUGACGUCUUUCGCUCAAAAAGUCGGAGAACCAGUUCAACAAUGAACUGGAGAUACCAUGUUGUUCAAGUUUCAAAAGAAGGUUUCGAUGAGAAACAGAAUCAAAGGCUUUGGAGAAGUCUAAAUAAACCAUGUCAGCUUCCUUUCCCGAGUCUAGGGCUUUACCAACGUCGUGGAAAACGCGAAGAAGUUGGGUGACACACGAACGUCUUUUGCGGAAACCAUGUUGCAGAUUACUCAGUGAUGAUUCAACAAAUUCCGACACGUGCAAAUGCACAACUUGCUCGAGAAGUUUGGACACUAGUGACAACAGGGAAAUCGGCCGAUAGUUACUUAUAAAUCGGCCGAUAGUGAACAUCAUCUUUCUUGGGAACAGGGACAACAUUAGCUUCCUUCCAUUCCUGGGGAACUUUACCAAGAGUGAGUUAUUUGUUGAACAGCGCUGUUAAGGAUGGAGCAAUCUCGUUCGAACACUCUUUCAACAAUCUGGCAGAUAUCUCAUCGCGACCGGUUGCUUUAUCUGUAGAGAGAUUUGAAAAUACAUUUUAAUUACUGACAAGAAUAAACACAUUCAAUGCUGUGUAUAUAAUCAAAGAAAAAGCAACAAAAUAAGUUGACUUUAUUCGGUUUUCGUUGUUUACACCUCAGUCAACAACAUAGCCCGUAAUAUUGAUGACUUUUAAACCUAUUCAGAGCCUGGUUAGCAUGUUAUUAAAUUUUUAAUGUACAACCAAACCGCUUCAGCGUUUGCCGGUUUAUACAAAUCGUGUUAUGAGCAAAUAUAUUCGUAUCACAAUCUUUGUUUGACUGUAUAAACAACGCAUGUGAAAAACGUAUGUUGAACCGAAGCAAAUACUCGUCUAUUCAAAAUGUAUAAAGACUUAAUUUGGACCAGAUAGCUUUGUGAUAUAUUGUCUUUCCCCACUUCAUGCUGUAUCUCUUUGAAGCGAAAUGUCAAAAAUCUUAUUUACUCAAUACUUUAGUCCUUCAAGAAUUAAUUAUAAAUUUGUCACUGCACUCUCGUUGCACCAAAAUAAUAAUUAUUUCCACAUAUAUUGAACAUUUACAUUCAAAAUCAUAGACCAGGUUGCAAAGCAGACCAGCCGAAGCCAGGGCCUUUUUCGCUGACCAUCCAACCGCGGAAGCAAAAAGCCCUGGGUACGAGGUUGGUAGCGACUUCGAUGUUUUGUUUUCUACGAAAAUGCAAGCGGAAUAAUGAACGUGACAACCUAAAAACUAGAAAUAAUUAUGGUCUACAUGUGCAAGAAGACUAUAGUAUUGUGCAAGAAAAUAAACCAAAGGUGACUGUCGAUAAAUUUAUUGUAUAAAACGUUCUUUAACUGAACCAUACAAAGAUAUUUUUCGUAGGUUUUUGUCAACAACUUUUUUCCUGAGCAUGUAUAAUUUUGCGUUGACUAUAUUUAAAGGUAAUGAGUUACUCUUCAGUUUAAUCGGGGGCAAAUGCUUAACUAUUCGAUAGUUUUCUUAACUUUUCUGCUUUAAGUUCGGUAUUCGACAAUUUUACAAGAAAUGUUCACACGCCUCCUGGUCUUAAACGGUAAUUUUUAAUUUAAAUUCUGUUUCUUUUUAGAUUUUAAAUGUUAAAAACUUUUUAUUGAUGUCUAAUCUACCCGUCUAGUGUAUUCUUUUGUUUGUUUAAAUUACAUUAAAUCACUAAAUAGCCAUAUUUUUGUUUACAAUUUGGCAUUUAAAUUCCUCGCCAUCUUUUUUGUGUCCCACGCAUGCGCAGACGUUUUUCCGCGGUGUUGAGUAUAAGCGGCUUAACUUAUCUAAAAGCGGUUAAUUAUAUUUAAUAAUCAAGUUUAUAUCUUCUACUUCAUCGGUACAUCUUUUAUAUCCAUGUUUUAAAUAUCUGUGAUUAACAUCAUAAAAUAUAGCCAUUUCCUUGAAACUCCAGCUUGAAAUCUAGCCGGACAAUGUAAUCCUUUGUAAAUAACGGUGGUUUUCAUUGCCUGCCUGGGCUUGCAAAUUCGGGAAGUGUCCGUUGAUAAACAAAAAAUAAGUAUCAUCCACGUAAGCUUUCUUCGAUAUAGGAAAUAAAGAAACAGGCGACGACAAUUCAUCAAACGGGUCCGAACGAAAUGAAAACUUGUUUGGUCGAGACAACGAUGCAAGCUUCCAUAAUGAUAGUGGAGAGUUACAUCAUACGUCUUCUGCUGACAGACUCCCAAACAAUGAAGAGGCUUACAUAACUGUAUAAUUUGAUUACAAUAUCCGCUCGCUAGCACUAUCUAGUUUUGCACAAUCAGAUCCUGAUGGCUAUUUCAACGAUAACUGAUGAAGACAAGAAAUAUUCUGUGACACGUUUAAUUAGUAUCCUAACACUGUUAGGCUAGGGUCAAACGUUUGAACUUUUCAUAUGCCUAACCUACGUUCUUUGUCUCAUUUCAUUUGCAUUAGGUUUGGCACAUGAAAAUUGCGAUGUUUGGCCGUUGCCUUAGAGUGCAAUGCUGGCUAAAUCUCACCAGUAAGGUCACAUGCAGACGUCAUUUUGUGUAUAGAUGCAUCAUCAUUUGCCACGAUUUUCACGUCAGAGGAAGAUAGAUAACAAUUUUUAGCAUUGAAAAUUAGGCCUAAAAAAUUAUUCAAUUUUUACUUCCUCAAAACAAAACCAUAUUUUCGAGCAACAGAUUUAGGGUUUUCGCCAGCAAACGGCAAAACGUGUCGUGGACACAACAUUGGCUUACCGAG